GAUGUGCAUUUAGCAUUUCCCUUUUGGCAGUUCAUUUGCUUCUAACCCCCCCGGGGGUGAUGCUGUGAAUAUGCAUUGUUGUGCUAUUGUUGUGAUGCAUACCAACACAGGUACAGUUUCAAGUACAGGUGACGCAUCAACCGUACGAGAGAGAAGAAAAAAGGUAGCAUGAUUUGUUACUUGUCGUUUUUAUGCUUGCGAAAGGUGAAACGAGUUCGCUGGCCACGUUCUUAUGAAAAUGCAACCCCCGAAAGGAAAAUCAUUUGCGUGCGAAGUUCGCUUGUGGUGUGUUGUAUUUAGUGUACUAUUGUGGUUUGUGAACAUAUGUGAGCAAAAUUAAAAAUUAUCAUUAAAGUUGUGUUUCCUUUCCAUUUCAUCUCCGUCAAGUGCAGAUAAACACAACAAAUAAAGUCAUCCGGCUCGUUCUCUGAUAAGGCACAGGCGUUUGAAGUGAUAGCCUUUUGAAGUGGACGGCCUCAACAAUGGACAGUUCGCAAUCAUCCCCCUCGAAGCGCAGCAGCAUUCCGAUACCGAAACGCAAAACAUCGCUCCACCUGUACAUUGCCGGCGGUGGUUCAUCUUCCAACUCAUCGUCGAACGUCGGUUCGGCUUCGGCUUCGAUAAAUGACGAUGAACCUGCGUUCACGCGCAGCAUGCUUGGUUCAUUCGUACAGACAGAAUCACCACCCGGUGGGGGUGGUACCGGUGGUACCGGAAGUGCCCCACCGGCGGAAUAUGUCCAGCUCAAGGAAACCCAUAACCGGUUGAUGGAAAAGUGUGAACAGUUGGCGAAACGAAACGUUCAGCUGGAAAAAUCGAACGAACAGCUCAACUACAAUGUGAAGCAGCUUGUUGGUGAUUUGGAAAAUUCGCAACGUGUACUGACGGACUUUACGGAGAAAAACCGUCGCCUUCGGCGCAAACUGUCGGAAAUCAUUCCAACACCAGCGCCCGGUGAAGAAGGUAUCGCCGCAGAAGCAGUCGAAAGUGACGAAGAAGAACCAUCUGCUGCAGCCGUUGUUGCGUUCCCGGGUGCAACAAGUGCAACCGGUGCAGCACCGGUGGUUGGUACUGAAUCGAGCGGGAAAGGUACGGAGGUGGACAGCCUGCUGAAUGAAAUGGAAAAGCUUAAAUCCUACCUGAACAAUGUCGAGCUUCAGCUGUACGAAGCGAACGAGAAAAUCUCCGAAUUGUUGGAAAAUAAGCAACAGUACGAGGAAACGAAUCGAAAGUUGCGGGAAGAAAAUGCAGAACUCAACAAGGUGGCACGGCUUAUGUCCAGGAAUAUGCUGGAAUCAAUCGAUACGAGUAAAAGACUCGAAAAUACUUUCAUCAAGGUGCAACGGGAGCGUGAUCAGCUGGUCCGUCAAAAUCGAGAUUCGGUAGACUCGAAAACGAGCACCAACGAAGAAAUCCAGAAAAUGCGUUCCGAAAUUGAACUGCAGCGGAAAACUUAUGAAGCACAGUUCAUCGAAUAUAAAAGUCUCAUGAGCGAAGAGCACGAGCGCAAGACGAACGAUCAGAUCGUUGCCCUUGAACUGGAAGUCGAGGGGCUUCGGCAGCAGCUGGACGAAGCAUUGCAGCGGGCCGAACAGGCCGAAGGGGAGGUACAAUCGUUGCGGCAGCAGCUCCGCAUCAGCCGGGUUCGAGAGUGGCAAAGUUCCAAGCCUGGUUCCGCGAGUAUCCUUGGAAUUUCCGAAGUUUUGGACAGUGACGAUCCGUUGGUGUCCUUGCUGAGCCGCUGUACCGUGUCCGAAGCUUCCCCGGCCGGAUCGUCUUGUGUUCCGGUCGUGCCACCUGCACCCGCACUUCCACUUCCUCCUCCUCCACCACCACCAGCUCCACCGCUGCCGGCUAACAUUUUCGCUAAUACCAAGCACCUAACCUCUACCGGGACGGCAGGCUGUGACCGAGCGCUUGGCUUAAGUGAGGCGAUAUCGCAGCAGAAAUUAAAUCACGUAGCAAUAACGAAUGUAAAUAGUCCGCACCAGGCAACAGGUCUAGAUUCGGUGAUAGCAGAUAUAAAAAGUGGAAAGGUGACGUUAAGGCGACGGCGUCCGAAUCCACCGAAACAUUCCGCCGACGAAGAGGCAACCGGUACCAGUAGCAGUAUUAGGGAUAGUGAACGGGACUACAAGCAGAUGAUCGCUCGAAAUCCCGGUCUGAAGGAGAUGUACGAAAUAAUGGCGCGCAUGAAACGGCACAACCGGAAAUCGAAAAUCAUCUACGAAUCGGAGCUUGUUGGACGGGGUGGAGGUGGUAGUGAUGCUGCCCAACAGGACGCUACAGAUGGGAAUCGUGAGGGACGGCCACGACGCACCCAUUUGGUGAUGGAUGUAGUCGAUUUAUGAUGUGCCUGUGUUCGAAGAAAGCAUUUUAGCAUUUUACUUUUUAACUGCCUUUAACCAAGUACGGAUAACACACUAGCGCGUGUUUAGUGUGUUGAUUUUUGGACGUGUGUAUGUUAACCACGAUUUAGUGAUUUUUUUUUGUAAUGCGAUAUUUACACGCUAGAUCUUGCGAUAAAGAAGAAGAGAGGAAAAAACACGGAGUGCUAUAGAACUAAAAUACAUUUUAUAUUAAUAUUUUCUUUUAACAGUAA